AUGGAGAAAGGCGAGAGCUUCGCCUCCACAUCGGAGCUAGACUCCGACGACAACCACCACACCUACCUCAUCGACUCGGGCCAGUGCUCCUCCUUCCUUGCCCACCACAUCCAGGCUUCACCUGAAGUCGUUUGGUCCGCCGACUACCGCUUCGACAAAGCCACAGAUCUAAAGAUCCCUUCCACCAUGGUGGUAAUGUUAAGGUCAUAUCUGACCUUCCCUCCGCUGUCAAGGGACAAACACGAAACAAGCACAAUCGAAUGGGCGGUGGCUAGGAAUGACAAUGGUUUUGUCCCUCUACCAUUGCCAGUUCAAGGCCAUAUCAACCCUUUAUUCAGACUAGCAAAGUUACUUCAUCUCAGAGGCUUUCACAUUACCUUUGUCCAUACUGACUACAACUACAAACGCUUGCUCAAUUCAAGGGCUCUUAAGGCCCUUCAUGUUCUUCCAGAUUUUCAUUUUGAGACAAUCCCAGAUGGUCUUCCUCUCACACAUGAUGCUGCUAAUGUCACUCAGGACAUAGUGUCCCUUGGUAAAUCUGUCAGAGAGAACUUUCUCCUACCCUUCCUUGAACUUCUUGUUAAACUCAAUGAUUCUGCCAUUGCUGGCCUUAUACCUCCAGUUACAGGCUUGGUUUCUGAUUUUUGUUUGACUUUUACUACACAAGCUGCUCAAGAACUAGCACUCCUUAUUCUUCUAUUUUCACCUUCCAGUGCCACUUGCUUGUUGUGUGGUGUGAACUUCCGUACUCUUUCUCAUAAAGGUCUAAUACCACUCAAAGAUGAGAGUUAUUUGACAAAUAGGUAUUUGGACACCAAACUAGACUGGAUUCCAGGUUUGAAAAACUUCAGACUGAAGGACCUCCCUGACUUCAUAAGGACAACAGAUCCAAAUAACUUUAUGUUAAAAUAUGUGAUUGAUAUAGCAGAAAAUGUGCUCAAAGUUUCUGCUAUUGUUAUAAAUACUUCUGAUGAACUUGAGAGUGAAGCAUUGAGGGCUUUCUCUUCUAUGAUCCCUUCUGUUUACCCCAUUGGCCCUUUCCCUUCAUUUUUGAAUCAAAGUCCAGAGAGUCACUUGGAAUCUUUAGGUUCCAAUCUUUGGAAGGAAGAUACUGAGUGCCUUGAAUGGCUUAAAUCCAAGGAACCUAAUUCUGCUGUUUAUGUGAAUUUUGGUAGCAUCACGAUUAUGACUCCGGAGAAACUUUUGGAGUUUGCUUGGGGUUUGGCCAACAGCAAGAGACCCUUUUUAUGGAUCAUUAGGCCUGACCUUGUCAUUGGCGGUUCAAUGAUUUUGUCAUCUGAGUUUGCGAAUGAAAUUUCAGAUAGAGGCCUAAUUGCAAGCUGGUGUCCACAAGAGCAAGUGCUAAAUCACCCUUCAAUUGGUGGAUUCUUGACUCAUUGUGGAUGGAACUCAACAUUUGAAAGCGUUUGUGCUGGUGUGCCCAUGUUGUGUUGGCAAGUUUCUACUGAUCAGCCAAUAAACUGCAGAAGUAUUUGCAGUGAAUGGGGCAUUGGAAUUGAAAUUAACACUGAUGUGAAGAGAAAAGAGGUGGAGAAAAAUGUGAAUGAAUUGAUGUCAGGAGAGAAAGGAAAGGAGAUGAGGCAAAAGGUCAUGCAGUUGAAGAAGAAGGUGGAAGAGGAGACUAGAUCUAGUGGUCUUUCAUACAUGAACUUGGACAAAGUGAUUAGUGAAGUCUUCCUCAAACAAACUUAGAUUAAACACCUUCUCUUUUUCCUCCAAAAUUUGUACUGUGAUGAGUAAUUGGUCUUUCUCUUGAAUUUGUUUAUUUGUGAAGAAAAAAUAAUGCUUCA